UCUGCUCCUCUCGCCUCUGCCGCACUCUGCUCCGGCUUGCCACCGAAAAGGCUGUGCUUUCGGUCCAAGGAGCCGAUGGGUCGCCGGAUCCGUCGGCCACCCAUGGACUUCGCCUGGAACGCGGGCUGGGAGGCGGCGCUGCCAGCCUGCAACGCCAACCCCGAUCCCGACCAACCCGGCGCCGCAGGGGGUGGAGGCGGAGUCCAUGAUGCUGGUCUCCGGGCCGCGCGUCGCCGUCUCCGGGCUGAGGCGAGCCGACUGCUGCGCAGUGCCUGCUCUCAUGAAGAUGAAUGUGUCCUGUUCGUCAAUGCCGGUGGGUAUAUUUGAAAAAACUGCAAAGGAAGCAGAAGACAAUGUGCUCCUGAGAGAGAUGCACAAUAUUCAAUACCCUUAUGUCCCGCACAAUGCACCGCACAAGGUCCUUGCUCCCUUCCUUGCUGCAGUGAGGAGACGAGAGAGGAGAUUGCUGGAUCUGGAAAUGGAGGUCAGCACCACCUACAGGACAAGAGUGCUGCUCCUCUCCGACUCUUCAAGGUUAAUGGUGUAUACCUGCUUCUGAGCUGCCAUGCAAAGACUCUGUUAUCUCUUGAAUUUAUCCACUGCCAACUUUAUCCUGCAGGCAUGGAUAAAGUUUGCAUUAGUCUUUGCCAGCCAGGUUCCCAAAACUACAAGUUCCAGUCCUUUUAUUCUGCCUUGGUCAUAAUGUUAAUUUUUCUGCCAUAUGUUAAAUUUGUUGUCAUAUGUAGGCCAUCAGAUAACUUGUGUAUGUUCAUCUAGCUGCAAAAGAAACUUAUGACUUGUGUCAUCGGUAAAAAAAAUAGUAGACCUGUUUACAAUUGAAAGGACCAGGCACUGCCAUUUUCUUGCUGUGUUAUACUCUCAAUGAAUCUUAAUUAUUUCUGAUAUGUUUCAGUUAUUUUAUUUCAACAAAUGACAAGACUAAUCUGUCAUUCACAAUGUUUUUGCAGCUAGCAUUAAAAGCUGGUGUGUUUUAUGACAGAGUGACAAAUAUGACUAUUUGGGGAAACCAUUCAACAACUCAGGUUCCUAAUUUCUUGAAUGCCAAAAUUAAUGGGAGGCCAGUAAAAGAAGUCAUCAAAGAUACAAAGUGGCUAGAAGAGGAUUUUCCUACAACUGUUCAAAAGGUACACGGAGAAGGUUGUGGUGCCGGCGAGGCUGUUGCUCCCGGUGUCAGAGAGGGUAUCGCUGACCGAUGCCGCCGGCUUGCCCAAGGUGUCCUGCACGUCUUCAUGACCAGCCAUCUCCCCAGGUGAAUCCCUUCCCUUUAAGAAAAUCUCUCUGGCUAAUUUGUUUGUUAGGAUUGCAGAACGUGAAUCUUCCUUAGUCAUCACCAAAUUGACAUGCUCUGACUAACUGAUAAACAACAAAGUAUUGAAUAGUGCUACUCGAAUGGAGUAUGGAAUGAUUUAGUAAUCACUUGUAUGCAAAAAGAGGUGCACAAUUUGGUGUUGUGAGAAUUGAACUGGAACGGAAUUUUCAUGCCUAUGUUUUUUUUUCAUGUCGACCUAUCUCCAGUCGUAUGCAGAUCCAUAGUGGAUCAAGCGGAACUAGCACAUUUGCUAUACAGAUUGCAAAGUGCCUUGGAAUCAAGGUUUUUUCUCACUGCAGGUUUAUUGGUUCAGAUAGAUACAGUAUAUAUGGUACAAAGAUGUUUUCCGAAAGCAACUCUGUUAUGCCGCUCUAGAAAGCCAAAGAGAAACUAACUGCUUGCGACGUUUAAGGUGUGGACAUAUGCAGAAACUACAAAACCUUUGUAGCACGUAUCGAAGAAGAAACUAAUGGAAAUGGUAUUAUCCUGCCAUCCUCUUGUGACGCUUGAUGCCCUGAUGCAAAAGUAAAAUAAAAUUAUUUCGCUUUACCAAGUUAUACCCGUCAAUUUCAUAUACAUUCUAACUGUAAUAUGUGGAAUAGCUCUACCAAACCUUGUUGUCAUUCUGUACAACGUAGGCAUAUCUUAUCUCCAAGGCAAUCUGGAUAGCUUAGCAGUUGAUGGUAGACUUUUCAUCGUUGGUUUCAUGUGAGGCACUGUAAUUGAAGUGAACCUGCAGGCGAUGCUUGCCCGAAGACCGACUGUACAAGGUUGUAUCGAUCUAUCUAUAUACAACCAUGCCUCUUUCAGUUUUAUGUGUUUUUUCCUGGUAACACAUCUUACUCUCUGAACACAAUGCUCAUAGGACUGUUGAUGCUUUUCUACUGUUAGAAUUUCAUGCUUUGUUUUUCGGCAACUGAUUAUGUAGUGCUAUGAUGUAGCUUUGUGUCUUCUAAAUUAUUUUUUACUCUCAAAUAAUUUAUUAGACAACGGAAGAGCUAAGUGGUACUUUUGUGUAGACUUACCUCCAUUCACCUGAUUCCUAUUUCAGCAUCUCGCACAAUGUAUUCAGAGAGAUGCUGCCACUUGUGAUACAUCUAUGUGAAGCCAGAUCCAGAAUGAGUCGACAGAGUUGGGAGUAGCGAUACAACAUCUGGGGGCUAUGCUUUUUGAGCUUGGACGGACAAUGAUGACGCUUAGAAUGGGGCCAUCUCCUGUAUGCAUUUUUCUACUAUGUCACUAUCACACAAGUGAUUCACAAGGUUUAAGUAUUCUGAUAGCUUUUUUAUUUUGUAGGCUAAUGCUUUUGUAAAUGCUGGGCAUGCUGUUUAUACAAACCCCACUGAACCAAGUCCAAUCAUAGUUCAGAAUACCUGUAUAGCUUUGCUUUCCUAUCAUGAACUGCUGACAACUUUGUUUUGGGCUAUCAUGCUAGCAUGCACUGUAACAUAUAUCACUGUGUAUUAACAUGCUACCUAAGUAUCUAUUUCUUUAUACUUUAUUAUCA